CUGGGCAGUUCCCCCCCCCCCCCCGUGAAGGUUCAUAUACACGCCCAGCUACUUUUGCGAGUUACUCUCCUAAAAUGGCACUGCGGUCUCACACAGCAGGUCUUCUUUGGCAGAUUCUGUUGCUAAUAGAAGCCUGGAAGACUCUGGGCUAUGCUCACUCUCUUUGCCUUGACCUCACUGUCAAAUCUCAGUCCAGACCUGGACAACCCUGGUGUGAAGUCCAGGGCUCAGUGGAUACAAAGCCUUUCAUUCAGUAUGACAGUGACAGCAACGAGGUCAGACCUUUGGGUCUCUUGGGGGAGAAGGUAAAUGCCAGCAAGGCAUGGACAGACUUGACCCAAACACUGGGAGAAAUGGGGCAAGAGCUCAGGAUGAUCCUGCCUGUCAUCAAACUGGAGAAAAACAGGACCAAGGGUAUUCACACUAUGCAGGUCAAGCUGUCUUGUCAGCGGGAAGCAGAACGAUGCACUGGUGCAUCCUGGGAGUUCAACAUCGAGGAGCAGACAGCCCUCUUUGACACAAUGACCAUGAACUGGACAGUCGUUGAUCCUGGAGCCAGAGGGAUCAAGGAGGAGUGGGAGAACAACAAGGAACUGGCAGAAUAUUUCAGGAAGAUCUCAGCUGGAGAUUGUAAUCACUGGCUUAGGGAAUUCUUAGAACACUGGGAGAAAGUACUGAAGCCCACAGGUAACUGA